AAUGCUGAUACCUUUCCCCUUAAGCCUCCAUUUUGCUCCCAAGAAUACCCAUAUCAAGGAUGACCCAGAAAAAUAUUGGAAUUCAUUAAUCAAAAACCAAACCAACUUAAAAAAUGACCAUGCAAUUCUCUCUACAUAUUCCCACAUGGAAUCUCUGGGUUUAACACCCAAUAGGGCCGCUUUGCCUUUGGUUUUAAAGGCAUGUGUGAAGCUAAACGCCGUUGAAACUGGCAAGAGAAUACACUUGAGUAUUCGAAAUACCAACUUGAUUGAAGAUGUUCGAGUUGGGACUGCCAUUAUUGAUUUUUACUGUAAGUGUGGAUUUAUUGAAGAGGCGCGUAAGGUGUUUGAUGAAAUGGUUGAGAGGGAUUUGGUUUCGUGGAAUGCGAUGAUAUCAGGGUAUGCCGGGUGUGGGGAAUUUGAGGAAGUGGUUUUUUUGGUGAUGAGGAUGCAAAGAGAGGGUUUUAGGCCGAAUUCGCGGACUUUGGUAGCCAUGCUUUUAGCAUGUCAGGAGGUUGCAGAAGUGAGGUUAGGAAAGGAGAUCCAAGGUUAUUGUUUGAGGAAUGGAUUGUUUGAUUUGGAUUCUCAUGUUGGUACUGCUUUGAUUGGGUUUUAUUUGAGUUUUAAUGCCAGGGCUUCGCAGACUGUGUUUGAUUUGAUGGCUGUUAGGAAUACUGUUUGCUGGAAUGCUAUGAUUAAGGGGUGUUUUCAUAUUGGAGAAUCCUUGAAAGCUUUGAAACUUUUUGAGAAAAUGCUCAUAGAUGGAGUUGAAUUUGAUUCUGUUACAAUGUUGGCUCUUAUUCAGGCCUGUGCGGAAUUUGGAUCUCUUGAAUUAGGUAGUCAAAUUCACCAAAUGGCCAUUAAGUGUAGUUAUAGCAAUGACUUGUUCAUAAUUAAUGCAUUACUAAAUAUGUAUGCAGAUAUUGGAAGUUUGAAAUCAGCUUGUAAAUUAUUUUAUGUCACCCCCAGACGUGAUGUUGCGCUUUGGAAUUCUAUGAUAUCUGCAUUUUUUGAAAACAGCUGUAAUGAGGAAGCCACUAGUUUGUUUGUUCAAAUGCGAACCGAAGGCAACAAAGAAGAUGAAAGAACUAUUGUUAUUAUGUUUUCUUUAUGUGCUGAAUCAGCUGAUGGUUUGAGAAAGGGUAAAAGUUUACAUGCUUAUGCAAGCAAGAGUGGUAUGAGGAUGGAUGUUAAUCUAGGGAAUGCGAUGUUAAAUAUGUAUGCUCAACAGAAUUGUAUAGAUUCUGUCCAAAAGGUUUUUAGUGAGAUGAGUAAUGUAGAUGUAAUCUCAUUUAACACAGUGAUUUUAACUCUGGCCCGUAACAAAUUGGGAAGUGAGGCAGGGGAAGUCUUUGGUUUAAUGCGGGAAUUUGAUGUUGAACCUAACUCUUACACAAUAAUUUCAAUCCUUGCUGCUUGCAAAGAUGAAACUUGCCUUAAUGUUGGGAGAUCACUUCAUGGUUUUGUGAUAAAGCAGGGGAUAGAAGUAAAUGCAUCCUUGAACACUGCACUAACUGAUAUGUAUAUUAACUGCGGUGAUGAAACAACGGCUAGGAAUCUUUUUGAGAGCUGUCCGGGAAGAGAUUUGAUCUCAUGGAAUGCUUUGAUUGCCACCUAUGUUAAAAAAAACCUUGCUCAUGAUGCUUUUCUAGUUUUUAGCCGCAUGAUUUCUGAAGUGGAGCCCAAUUCAGUUACAAUAAUAAAUAUUCUCUCAUCAUGCACCCAUCUUGCUCAUCUGCCUCAAGGUCAAUGUUUGCAUGCUUAUAUGUUACGGCGGGAAUCGUCUUUAGGUCACAAUUUGUCUCUUGGAAAUGCUUUUAUAACAAUGUAUGCAAGAUGUGGUAGCAUGCAAAGUGCUGAAAGAAUCUUCAAAACCUUACCAAGGAGAAAUAUUAUCUCAUGGAAUGCCAUCAUAGCUGGUUAUGGAAUGCAUGGUCGGGGUUCUGAUGCUAUUCUUGCCUUCUCACAAAUGCUAGAGGAUGGUUACUAUCCAAAUGAAGUAACUUUCAUAUCUAUUCUAUCAGCUUGCAGCCAUUCUGGUAUGAUAGAGGAAGGACUGCGGCUCUUUGAUUCCAUGGUUCAGGAUUUUCACAUCACCCCUCAGCUUGCUCACUAUGGAUGUGUAGUCGACUUGCUUGGUCGUGCAGGCUGCUUAGACGAAGCUAGAGGGUUCAUUGAAUCGAUGCCCAUCAAACCAGAUGCUUCGGUCUGGAGAACUCUGCUUAGUGCUUAUAGGGAUCAUUGUUACGCUAAAGAAGCUAAGGCCAUUUUUGAAAAAAUUGUUGAAUUGGACCCAAUGAACCCAGGGAAUUAUGUCUUGCUUUGUAAUACAUAUGCUGCAGCAGGUCUCUGGUCAGACGUCAGACAAAUUCGAACAUGUCUCAGAGCGAAGGGCCUAAGAAAGCCUCCUGGAAUGAGUUGGAUCAUUGUUAGAAGCCAGAUUCACUCUUUUGCUGCUGGAGAUAGAUCACACCCAAUGGCUGACAAAAUCAAUGCAAAUUUGAAUUCCUUGUUGCACUCAAUGAAAGAUAUAGGAUAUGUUCCUGAUCUUCAUUGGAUAUUGCACGUUGAUGAGGAGUACAUUUAAAGAGAAGCGAAUUGUGGCCUUGAAAGUGACUUUCUGAUGGGUGCACGCAAUCAUCAUCUGAUGGAUGAAGCAUGGUGUUGAAUCAUGAACUAAAUCCUUACGGUUGCAGAAAGUUUUAAGGGAUGAUGACCCCAUUCCCUGCCUAGGUGUGGAUAUUAUUGAAGCUUGACUAACACUGAGAUAAAAAGUUUUGAUCUGUAACUUUUAUGCUUCCAUCAAAUGAAUGAAAAUUCUUGCAAGAUUAUGAAGUCUAUGGAUUCUUGGAAAGAGCAUUUCACAUUUAACCAUAAACAUUGGCCGAAAGGGGUCAUAUAUACGGCAGCUCAGCAUGGUUAUUUCUAAUGUCAUACAUGCUUCUAUCAAAAGAAGGAAAAAUUACAAGAUUAUGGAGCCUAAAAUUUUGGGAAGAUUGUUACACAUUAACCAUGGGCAUUUGCAGAUAGAGGCCAUGCAUAAUCCAGGAGGGUACAACGAUUUGGCAAUGCUAAGCACAUCAAACUUCCUUUAUUAUAAGAUUAUGUUCACCUUCUGGAAGUAACCACUGACCAAUGCAAGACCUCAAGCCUUGUGUUAGUCUUAUGUUCUGUAUAUUCUUUAUUACUUCACUAGUUAACUAAGAACAUCAUGAAUAAAUCCUGGGUGAACUUGCUUAUUCAUUAUACACAUUAAUGGAAGUAUAUGUUUUAUUCAAAUGUCUUGACUUGUUCCUUUUUCUAUCCAGCUGCACUUUCUUUAUCCAGAUUAUUGCUCUGCAGGUUCUUUUAAAAUGGAAAUAUUUCUUGAUGCUGACCAAUUUUCCGAAUCCAUUCUGCUUUUCUGUAGCUUUUAUGUGUACUUCUCUGGAAUGCCCUUGCAUCCAAAUCAAAGCCAAGAGGAUUAGAUUGUGAAAAUAUAUAAUCAGCAUCAGAGUCAGAAAAUUCACUAAUCCAAAUAGUUUGAUCAAGUCCCAUCAAAUUUAAAGGGCUUGUUUCUAGGCCAAAAUUUAGUCUUUAUUUUUUGUCUUAAGUAUUUAAUAUGAAUCAUAAAAGUUAUGAGUAUGGUCCUACCACGCCGUCCUAUCCCCACCGGCCAGCCCCCAAAAUUGAUAUAAUUGGGAAAAGAUCUGCCUAUGGGAAGCACUUCACUGCUUCCUCAACUAAACUUCAAAACAAUCUUUCAGCAUGCAAUAAUGGAAGAGGGAAUGCCUUCAACAUUCACAUUAAGCGAUGCUGCUAGAUCCAAAAAUUAGUUAAGAACAAUCAAGAGCCAAAGAAUAGCAGGUGUAACAGUAUUGUCCUAAAACUCAUUGAAAUAUGUGUGGUGUGUAUCGAAACUUUAUAAUGUAUUGUCCGAUAUUUAUAACUAUGAUUGUAAGCAUAUUAUUUUGAAAUGUCAACUAAAAUUGAUCAUGUUACUAAAAAGAAUAUAUUCGACAAUUAAAAUUCCAAAUUCUAACAUGAACCCAACUUAAUGAUAUUUAAAAAAUUGAAAAAAAUCUCUUUUUUUUUGUAAUUCAAAAAAAAAAACCUAGAAAAGACAGUAAUGAAAAUUCAGUUAUCAAAAAGCAAGGUCCCAAUAGAAUAUUAUGAUUCACUUCUAAGCCCCAGUCUCACCCUUUUCUAGCAGAAAGGUCCCAAUUGAAUAUUAUGAUUCACUUCUAAGCCCCAGUCUAACCCUUUUCUUGCAGUUCUUGUUAAAACCUGAUCCUUUCACUCAAUCAAGGACAAAGCCUAAAAAAUGAACAAUGUUAGGCAAACCAUUAAGAUCAAUCCUUUCAUUAUUGAGCAAGUUGGCCUAGAAUGAUGUCAAUGGGUAGACACUAGACGUCUUAUCUGAACCCUACAUGGUACCUUAAAGCCCCAUUGUCUGAAAAGUAGGGUUCCUAUCUCAUAUCUCUUUUCUUUAAUGAAUAUUUUACAUCACAUCUUUCUGCCUAAGAAUACUAAAUUCCUCAUCCCCACAAACAAUCUCUCGUUAAAGAUUGAAGUCAUUCUAAACAAAUUUACUUUCCACCUUCCCAUCAAUGAUCCCCAACCAAAAGA